AUGUCUCUGCCAAAUCUCCCCUGUGAGAUACUACUUGUUAUUGCAGAGUUUGCAGAGCAUGAGCGAGACAUCAACGCUCUGGUUCAAACAUCGGCCCACUGCUACAGCUGCCUCAACACCUUUCUUUACCGUCACAACAUUCGAAGUUCUGGUGGCACUGGUCUGGUGUCGGCAGCUGGCAAUGGAAGCUUGAGGGCUGUCCAGAAAUUCCUCGAUCUAGGUGUAGAUGUCAACUGGAAGAGGGGCCCCAGCGGCCCAACCGCCCUGCAAAGUGCAGCUCUCGGAGGCCACCUUGAGGUCGUGCGACAUCUGCUGAAGAUCAAGAGGAUCAACCUACGCUAUGUCAAUGACCUGGGCUCCGUGCUGGGCUAUGCAGUUUGUGGCGGCAAUACCUCAGUGGUGAAAUUUCUCCUGAGAGAUUCCCGUAUCAACCCAAAUAUCAAAAACACCAAACACUGUGCCCCAAUUCACCAGGCAGCAGAUACCGGUAAUCCUGAUAUCAUGAAGCUUCUUCUUGCCAAUAAACGGGUGGACCCAAACCUCAGAGGUGAAUCUCGACGCACCGCCUUACACAUUGCGGUCAGAAAGGGACAUCAUGCUGUUCAGAAACUGUUGGCCGAACACAGCGGCGUCGACCCCAAUUUAAGAGCCGGUCCACUUGAUCGAACACCGCUACUCGAAGCCAUCAAGGCUCCGGCCGAAACCCGUCCAGAAGAUACCUGA